GUGUUGGAAUAAAUCGUUCCCAUCUUGCUUGUCAGUCUCAAUGAAUGAUGCUUUUCGCUAAGCGCACACGAAAUCGAGCCUGAAGACGAGAAUUGGUCGCUAGGAAUGGGAGGAAUUCAGAAGGAUGAGCCGCAAGGGGGCGCCGAUCUCUUUCAGUUCUUGAAUUCUAUGCUGCAGGAAGUGGAGGGUGAAAGUGGGAUUCCAGAUGUAGAAUUGCGCUCUAAGAUCGAGGCUUUGAGGACAGAAACUCAGAAGGUUCCUCAAGCAUCGACGAGUGGCGUCAAUGAGAGGGAAGUAAACAACAGUUUGGAGUUUGUAUCAGCGAAAUUGGCCAAAGUGAAAGCAAUGCUGGAGAAUGUGGAAUCUGAUCCAGAUGUUAAAGCAAUUCUUCAAGACAGUGCUGCCCUGUGGAUGCCUGUUAUCACCGCCAACGCUGACCAGCGUCGGGCUGCAUCAUCUACAUCUCCUGGACAUCAAACCCCACCAAGCACUAAGUAAAUAGUUAAAAGGAUCACUUAUGAUCUUCAUUGUGCAAAGCGUCUGUUGUGGAUAAACAGAGUACGUCUAUUUAUCAUAUGUACAUGGCUUGUAUGUAAGUAUAUUGUGUGCAUAUAUCAAAAUGUGCUACCCUUCAUGAGGAUGUGGAAUUUGACACAUGAAGCUUUCCGACUCCAUCAAUGGUAUAAGAAUUCGACCUGCUC